CAGGAGACACACAGCAGCCGGCAGCCGCCGCAGGCUGAGGUGUGUCCUGUUGCUGCCCCCGAGCCACGUGACGUCAGAGGUACCUGGGCCAGGCAGGCAGGAAGCGGCGGCGGGGGCAGGAGCGGGCAAUUAGCACAGGAAUCACCGGGAGGAGGAGGAGCAGCAGCAGGGGAGAGAGAGAAGGGGGUCAGUUCCGGAGGAGCCUCAUUACCUCUGGCUGCCUACAGAGCGGCGACAGCCCGCAGCGAGCCGCCGCGGAGAGCCAGGUGCAGGGAGGGAGGCUCCCGCUGGAUUUCCUGCCGGGACUGGUGUCACUAGGAGGAGCGCUCCUGCUCGCAGCACCAGCUGCCAUAUUGCAGUUUCGGUGUAAGAUAAUGGCUCUGCAUCCUCGUCGGGUCCGCCUAAAGCCAUGGCUGGUGGCUCAGGUGGACAGUGGGAUGUACCCAGGGCUUGUGUGGAUGGACAGAGAGGCAAAGAGGUUUCAGAUCCCAUGGAAACAUGCAACACGCCACAGCCCUCAGCAUGAAGAAGAAAGUACCAUCUUUAAGGCAUGGGCUGUGGAGACUGGUAAAUAUCAAGAAGGUGCUGAUGAUCCUGAUCCAGCUAAGUGGAAAGCCCAGCUGCGCUGCGCACUCAAUAAGAGUCGGGAAUUUAAACUGAUUUAUGAUGGAACAAAAGAGGUUCCCAUGAACCCAAUAAAAAUCUAUGAAGUCUGUGACAUUCCCCAGUCCCAAGGAUCCAUUAUCAACCCAGGUUCUACUGGCUCAUCUCCAUGGGAUGAUGAUGAAUAUGAAGAAGAUGAUAUAAACCAAUCUCAACUACAUGUCCCAAUCCAGGAGCCCUUUAAUGGAUUAACAAUCAAUGGUUUGUAUUCUCCGAUGGGCCCAGCCAGUCUGGGUAGCUGCACUACUGAAGAGACUUGGCCAAAAUCUGAGCCACAAGACAUGGAGGUCCCACAGACCCCAGGACCCGCUGAGUUUUUCAGUUCUCCUGAGUUGUGGAUUAGCUCACUACCAAUGACUGAUUUGGAGAUCCAGUUUCUGUACAGGGGCAAAGAGAUGGGUCCAACUAACACAGUCAGUAACCCCCAAGGUUGCAGACUUUUCUAUGGAGACCUGGGUCCAAUGCCCAAUCAAGAAGAACUGUUUGGUCCCAUCAGUCUUGAGCAGGUUCGGUUCCCUGGUCCAGAGCAAAUCGUUAAUGAGAGGCAGAAAUUGUACACCAGCCGCCUCCUAGAUGUCAUGGACAGGGGUCUUAUCCUAGAAGUCAGCGGACAUGCCAUCUAUGCUGUCAGGUUGUGCCAAUGCAAGGUGUACUGGACAGGGCCAUGUUCCCCUUGUCCGAACACUCCAAAUCUAAUUGAAAGGCAGAAGAGGGUAAAACUGUUCUGUCUGGAGACCUUCUUAAGUGAAUUAAUUUGCCAUCAGAAGGGCAGUGGAAACAAGCAGCCUCCUUAUGAAAUCUACCUUUGCUUUGGAGAGGAGUGGCCUGAUGGCAAACCAAAGGAGAGGAAACUGAUCAUUGUUCAGAUCAUUCCAGUGGUAGCUCGGAUGAUUCUUGAGAUGUUUUCUGGAGAUGUCACUCGCUCCUUUGAAAGUGGAAGCGUUCGCUUGCAAAUUUCUGUUCCUGAUAUCAAAGACAACAUUGUUGCACACCUCAAGCAGCUUUACCGCCUCCUACAGAACCACCAGGGUCCAGAUGCCUGGCCACUACUGCAGCAGGCAAACAUGCAGCAACCAAUUCUGCAACCAUCAAACCUGCAUAUGGCUCAGGCACUGCAAGCUCAGUGAUACAAUAAGCUAUAACUUUGGGGAAGACUUUCCAAGGAGAAUGAGCUGGUGUUCUACACUACAAAUGGAUUACUAGGGCAAAGAUUACGCUGACUUUUUAUUUGCAGUUUUAAAAAAAAAUGUUCUCCAGGAUCCUCCUCAGUCCUGAAGAACAGAAUAGUGUCUGUAUAUUAAUACAGCCAAAUGUAACCGAUCUUUUAUCUGUGCAUGAGUCAAUGAGAGUACUUGCAUUGUGCUUGUCCUAGCAUGUUCCCAAAUAUCUACAGUAGAAAGAGUUUUAUUUCAUUAUUUUUAUUUUAAUGGCCUUUUGUUUUAUUCAAAUUUUUAUCUGUACGGACUUAAACUUGAGUAAAAUAUGUACAUUAUAUGCCUUGAGAAAGCUGGAAUUUCUAUGGAUGGCAUAUGCAGCAAGUGUGUUUGUUUUUUUGCAUAUUUUAUCAUCCUCAAGUAGUUGAUACUUAUUUAUUAUAUUAAUGUGUUAUCAACAUUUAUCUAAGUUGUGAAAUAUGCAAAUAAAAUGAGUUGUUUUGUUAAAUUCAUUGCUGUUAGUAUGAGCUUUGCUGCAAAAUAUGCUUUUGUUCAAAAACUUUCUUCCAUUUUCAUCCUUACU